AUGUCUUCAAUGCGCAUGAAGGCAGCCAAAUGUCCAUCAGACGAACUGGCAAUCACCAACUGUGCUCUAGUCAACCCCGACGAUUUCCACAGUGAUGUAAAGCAUAUCGAGAUAUCAACAGCACCAUCUCAACACUUUGUAUUCAGUAUAAGAUUUUACAGUGGUGUUGAUAGAGGCACUGUGGGAUUUUCUGCUCCACAAAGAAAAUGGGCUACUCUGUCUAUUGGACAGACUAUUGAAGUCAAACCAUUCAAGCCACAGAGUGCAGAAUGUUUGUGCAGUGUCACUCUGGAGGCUGAUUUUAUGGUUAAGAAAACAACCUCCAUGGAGCCCUAUGAUUCCGAGCAGAUGGCCAGAGACUUCCUCAUCCAGUUCUCAAACCAAGUGUUCACCGUUGGACAGCAACUUGCUUUCUCAUUCCAAGAGAAAAAAGUGCUGUCUUUGAUUGUCAAGAACUUGGAAGCGGUGGAUGUACAAGCAUUGGCUGCUGGUUCGAAUGCUGUGCCUCGUCGAGUUCGUUUGGGCCGUUUGCUACCAGAUGCUUGUAUACAGUUUGACAAGGCUGAGAACUCCUCGCUCAACCUCGUUGGAAAAGCUAAGGGGAAGCAACCUCGUCAGUCUAUCAUAAAUCCUGAUUGGGACUUCGGUAAAAUGGGCAUUGGUGGUCUAGAUAAGGAAUUCAACGCCAUCUUCAGGCGAGCGUUCGCAUCACGAGUUUUCCCACCGGAAGUAGUCGAACAAUUAGGUUGCAAACACGUGAAAGGCAUCCUGCUGUACGGCCCGCCCGGUACCGGUAAAACUUUGAUGGCGCGACAGAUCGGGAAAAUGUUGAACGCGAGGGAGCCAAAGAUCGUUAACGGUCCCCAAAUAUUGGACAAAUACGUCGGCGAGAGUGAAGCCAACAUUCGCAGGCUGUUUGCUGACGCCGAGGAAGAAGAAAAGAGAUGUGGACCAAACAGCGGCCUGCAUAUAAUCAUCUUCGACGAAAUCGAUGCUAUUUGUAAGGCGAGAGGCUCAGUAGGGGGCAACACGGGUGUACAUGACACUGUCGUCAACCAACUGCUGUCCAAAAUAGAUGGUGUGGACCAAUUGAACAAUAUCUUGGUCAUUGGUAUGACUAACAGGAGGGACAUGAUAGAUGAAGCACUCAUGAGACCGGGGCGACUUGAAGUACAGAUGGAGAUAGGUUUACCAGAUGAGAAAGGAAGGGUGCAGAUAUUGAACAUACACACCAAGAGGAUGAAAGAAUACAAGAAGAUUGCUGAGGAUGUUGAUAAUAAGGAGUUGGCAGCCCUGACGAAGAACUUCUCCGGAGCUGAGCUUGAAGGUUUGGUUAGGGCUGCGCAGUCAACGGCCAUGAACAGACUCAUAAAAGCAUCUAGUAAAGUGGAAGUAGACCCUGAGGCCAUGGAAAAACUCAUGGUGGAGAGAGGAGACUUCCUACACGCCUUGGAAAAUGAUAUUAAACCGGCAUUUGGUACAGCUGCCGAAGCCCUGGAACACUUCCUGGCUCGCGGCGUCAUCAACUGGGGUCUUCCUGUGUCUUCAUUGUUGGAGGACGGACAACUUUAUAUACAGCAGUCUAGAGCCACUGAAGCUAGCGGUCUAGUAUCGGUGUUGUUAGAGGGUCCUCCAAAUAGCGGUAAGACAGCCUUAGCCGCUCAGUUGGCCAAGAUGUCUGACUUCCCGUUCGUAAAAGUUUGCUCUCCGGAAGACAUGGUCGGCUUCACUGAAACAGCCAAGUGCCUGCAGAUAAGGAAGUACUUCGACGAUGCCUACCGUUCGAGCCUGUCCUGUAUAUUGGUGGAUAAUAUUGAGAGGCUGUUAGACUACGGUCCCAUAGGGCCGCGGUACUCAAACCUCACGCUUCAAGCCCUGUUGGUGCUUCUCAAGAAACAACCUCCCAAAGGACGUAAACUGCUCAUUCUGUGUACCAGCAGUCGCAGACAAGUCCUCGAAGAUAUGGAAGUUCUAUCAGCGUUCACUGGUGUACUUCACGUACCCAAUCUGUCUCAACCUGAACACGUGAUGACUGUACUUGAAGAAAGCGACGCCUUCACUAAACGUGAUCUGGCUAAAAUACAGCACGACCUGAGAGGGGCCAAAAAAAAGUGGCACCAGUUCGGUAGUCAUCAUACUCAAAUAUGUACAAGAAUCUUCAUCGGGAUAAAGAAGCUCUUGGCGUUGAUAGACAUGGUGAAGCAAACGGAUGAGGAAUCUAGAGUGUUCAAGUUCCUGACGAAAAUGCAAGAGGAAGGCGGCCUAGACUUGGGCACUACCAUACAAUAA